GGCACUGCGAUUUAUGCCAAUACUUCCGCAAGAUUAUUAACAAACUUCAAUGUCAAUAUGGGUUCGACUUUAGAGCAAGCACUGAAUUAUAUCAGCAAGUUGCAACCGGAAAUGUACGCAGGCAUCAAGCAAAAUUCAACAGUAAUUAAUUUAAGUCAUAACCUUUUGGCCGAAUUUAAUAUGGAUUGGCAUCUAGAAGCGGGCCUCACAUGCCCCUUUCAAAUAAACUUGGAGCACAAUAUCAUUCAAAAUAUUUAUGCGUUUUCAAAUUUUCGUAUUACAACUGACUAUUGCGAGCGCGAAAUCAAAAUGACUGGAAAUCCAGUUGAGUACGAUUGUAAAUUAGCUUGGAUUUAUAAUGAUAAUUAUCGAAGUUUUUUUAUUGAUAUACAAUGUAAUCAGACGUCAACUAAACUAGUAAAGGAUAUCGCACAGGCUCGACGCAUCGACCUGUGUACUUGGCAACCGAUUCUCUGUUUUAAAAACUGUGAUUGUUACAUACAAUCUAAGUUGUUGCUGAAUUUUUGAGUGCAUUUCUCAUGCAUGAUAGCUCUAAACUACAGAUUUUGUAUCUUAGUGAAAAUCGUUGGUUUUGCGACUGUGCUGCGCAACAUUUGAUCUACACUAUACGUGAACAUCGGAAACGCAUACCCGAUGUCGAGCAGUUAUACUGUGAUAAUCUACAGAAUGUAACACUACUAACAGCAAAUGUGGGCGAAUUAUGCCAAAGUGCCGAUAAGGUUGAACGUUAUCAGUAUGUGAAUACAACUGUGAUUUAUGCGGCGUUAGUCAUUAUUAUUUUACUUUUGAAUAUCGCACUUUACUAUAAGUACAAGUUGGAAGUGAAGGUCUGGUUAUAUAGCCACAACAUAUUGAGCUGUUGUAUUAAUGAGCGUGAGCUGGAUAAGAAUAAAAUAUUCGAUGCGUUUGAUACGCACACCAAGAUGCUGACUUCGUCAACCACAUAUUAUUGCCGCAACUUGAACACUGUGAACCCCAAUUUCGUAUAUGCACACACGAGCGCAAUUGGUUGGCUGGCGCAUAUAUACCAGAACAAAUCAUCGAAUCAGUCGAACAGUCGCGUCGUACAAUCAUUGUGCUCUCGCAGCAUUUCAUCGAGUCGGAUUAGGCGCGCAUGGAGUUUCGCACAGCACAUCAGAGCUCCUUGAACGAAGGUCGUACGCGCAGAAUUAUAAUUAAAUAUAGUGAACUCACGAAUACUGAGUUAUUGGAUAGAGAAUUCAAGGCAUAUUUGGAUAUGAACACAUAUUUGGAAUGGAAAGAUGCCAGAUUUUGGGGAAAAUUACGCUAUGCCAUGCCACAUCAAAUGGGUAGGGAACGAAGUACUGAUAUGCUAGAAGUUAAUGGCAGAAUGUACGUUAUGGGGCAGGUAGAGAUGAAUCGUUUACAUGGCGAGGGUGCAUAAAUUUGUCGCAGAUUCUUAAUAAAUUCCACCUUUCUAACGUAAAACUAAUAUAUAAAUAUUUGAUUGGUGCAGAUUUAUAUCUCAACAUCAUACGAGCAUAAUACAAAUGGAAAGAGAAGCUUAGCCAACAGCUCACUCAUGCAGUAGUGAUCACACUAACUAUACAAUGCAUUUUUAUAAAAGUUAUUUAUAUAAUCAAUUGUUAAGAAACGAAAGUAAAUAUACAUUUUAUUAAAAUAGUCCUUCCAAGUUCUGGAGUAACCGAAUAUUGCAUAUUUUCGCAAUGUGUAAGGUUAAGUAUUGGAGUAAAGGUAUUCAGUAUUCCUUAUUCGAAUUGAUUGUACUGAUAUUUAAUAUCAUAUUAACUUGUCCUAUGAUACUUACUCACUUAUAUCUAUAUCAAUAUCUACAGCAUCACUAUUUUCAUUACUCGGUACCUGUAUCUAUUUUUUCUUAAUGAAAUUAUCGAUAAAUCUCCCAGAUUUUUAAAAGAAAGAAAUGCAGAGCGACGCUUUCCUUAUAACCACUAAAAAAGUUAAUUUUCUCACUGUCAGAAUUAGUAAAGUUUUUGAAGUCAGAUUUUAUUUUAUAUGACAGCAUUGAUUAUGGUACACUGCUUUCGAAUAUAACCUCAAAAAUCAACAUAUUUGCCAGUGAAAAUAGUUAUUAUAAUACUAAUUUUAGGGUUUUAGUAUAAUUCUCAAAAUUAAUUUAACUCUUUAAAUUUAAAUCCAUAGUUGCAGCAUUUAACAUGGCGAAAUUAAACGGCUCAUCUUUCCUUCCACUUUUCUUCAACUUGGAAGGUAAGG